AUGACCAUGGCAGUCGACAGUCAUGACCCAUCAGUUCGUUAUCUUUUUUUCGAAGAGCAGCGGCAGCAGAAGCAGCAGAAGCAGCAGGUACCAGUUGACGGAACAUCCUCGGGGAGCUUGCCGCUUCUGUAUUCAGCGAGGCCAGCGUGCCAUCCUGUGGACGAUGUUCGGUCGGCUGCGGCGUUACGCCGCAUCACGGAAGGUUUUCUAAAUUUGGAUCAGCAAAUGAAAAUGUGGCGUCGGCAUUUACACCGGAAAUUGGGCAAUCUUGAAAGCCGCUUGAGUCGCUGUGAGUCUGUGCUGCUGCAGAAGAAGACGCCGGUGCCUCAGCCAGCCGUGGUGAAGGCCUCAACAACGACGUACAAUGACAUUUAUGAUGGCGUGGAAGACGAGUUCAAACGGCUCCAUCUCACCGUGACGGCCCUCCGUGAGAAGGCGGCGGAGUGUUGUCGUGAUGGGCAAUCAUUUUUUCCCCCCAAGAGACAGGGGAAAAAAGGAAAAGGGGAACCCGCAGGGAAACAUGCCAUGUGUGACGACGAAGACGUGUCCAUCGAGGGAGGAGGGGUGUUUGAUUCUCAUUGUGAGCAUGUCGGCGUCGCGAAAAGGAUGUCACCCACCGCGGACACCACGGCAGUGGGAAGUGGGGAAAGUGUGGGACUCACACCUGACGGUGCAGAAAUGCCUUCUGCUUGUUUGUUUCUCGGUGAGACCGUUGUUGAUGGUGAUUGGCAACACGUGGAGGGAAUGCAGCCACGUGAGGCAUCUUGUUGCUUAUAUAAAUUACAAAAUCAGAGUUCUUUUCAGCCUACGCCAUCCUUUUCCACAAUGACACCCGUCAGUGAACAGAAGUACUUCGCAAUGGACAGUACAUGCCGUCAUGACUGGUCGCCAUUUAUUCAUGAGCCGUGCAGGCCGGAAAAAAGAAUUGUCCGUGGAGGGAAACCGGCGACAAUGGAUAAAACUCCAACGAAUGUCCCCGAUCUCCGCAUGAGGUCGACAGCGACAACGACACAAGAAAAAUGUUGUGAGAUAAAUGAAUCUCCUCUUGUGCAGGCUUCUUCUCUGGAGAGAAGACUCAUUUACUCCCCAGAGACACCAAAGCGGAUGCAGGGACAAGUGUCACCUGUGCCUUCUGAUGCUGCCAGAAGUGCAUCUUCUUCUACAAAAAGAGGAAUGGAAAUACCCUUAUCGAAUGCCGAUUCUGUGGAACAUCUGCAUAAUUUGGCGGAACCCGCGUUAUCCUCAAAGCCAGUGACGAAUGGGCAAAAGCGGCCGGAUGCGACACCGUCUUCGCAACAUGGCGGUGCAUUUGUUGAUGCAUUCGCUUCUGCUGUUGCUGGUGUACCCUCGUCUUCCCCUCUUUACGUAUUACCGCAGCAAAUUUAUAGCAGCCGUGGUAACAGUUGUGACCGUAGCAGUGAAUGGGACAAUACCGAAGAUGAAGAGAAGGCGAGUGAAAGUAGUAAUGAGGAAGUUCUUUCCGCGGUCGCGCUGUCGAUGCCUACGGUUGGCACUGUGUGGCAAAGGGUGGUCUCGUUGGCCCAUGCUGAGCAGUACUACGACCAGCUGUCAAGAUUGAAUCAUCCUCCCUUGUCCAUGUUGUCCUCGGAUACGCUGGAAAUAUCCGAAUUGACAGUGCAGGAAACAUAA